AUGAGUUGUACAAGAGUUCUCCAUGCUUUUGGUAGUCACCCCCAGUCCACUAUGAUGCCAGUUGACCUUGCCAUGUGUCUGAGCCUCAGCCAGCGCCAGCCGCUUUAUCAACUGCUGUCCAUGUCUCCUCUGACACCCACGCAGCAUUGUUAUCAGCCGACUGACUGUCAACUGAGAAACAGCCUUCAGCUCCCACGUCCCUCUUCCUAUACUCCUUCAUCCUCACUGUUGCCCUCCUUCUCCAUGCACUCAGAGCCUCGGAGCUGCUUCCGCAGGGACAGUGGUGGUCUGUACAAGAAGCGUGUGGUGUUUGCGGAUGCCAAGGGGUUAGCUCUCACUGCUGUGCGUCUUUUCAUUCCUGAGCCCGCCUCUCACACUUCCACUCUGCUGAUGAAACCCUCUCCAGCCAAACUACAAGACCAACAACUGACGUCAAACAAACUGCAGCGCUACAAGCUGCGACUGGGUUUCUCUCAGCCGUUGCUGGACUUGAAAGCCUUUCUUGCGCGCCUGCACGAGAUGCACGUACAGUUGGGAAACUGCAACAUUUCAGGGCACUCCUUGAGUGGCAAAGUGUGUGUCUCUCAUGCCAGUAUUGAAAAGACUGUGCAUAUAAGGGUGACCUUCAACUCUUGGCGGAGCCAUCAUGAUGUUCCCUGCAUGUUUUCGCAACAGCAAAGGUGUGGGAUUUCUGAAAUGGAUAUUUUUACCUUUGACUUAAACAUACCCAAGAACAUAAAUCCAAAGGAGCGAAUAGAGUUUUGUGUGGCCUUCCGGCCUGGACCUGGCGCCACGCCACACUGGGACAACAACAGGGGACAGAAUUACAGGGUGUGCAUGGAAAAAGAUGGAUCAAAUGCAAACCAAGGAGACACUAACUGCUAUUACCCCACUCUUUCAAAACAGCGGCCUUUACAAAUGUCUCUCAGUAUUAAGAACUCUGCUGAUCUACACUGUCUUCAGGGGAGUUUGUCAAGCAGAGUCAGAGCAGACUGUAAAACCCUGUGUUCAACAAAACAGGCCAUUUGA